ACCAAUAAAAAGAAAUCAUGGUAUCGUUCUGUACCUUUUCAAGUCGCCGUUGCAAGCGGUGUCUCUUUCACAGCUCCUGGAAUGUGGGAUGCGUUGGGAGGACUUGGAGUAGGAGGUGUUGCUGAGCCUUACGCUGUAUCAGCAGCCAAUGCCCUGGUGUAUGGUCUCUUCUCCAUUGUCUGCGUAGCAGCAGGCGCGAUCAAUAACCGCAUCGGUCUCCCGUACGGUCUUGCUCUCGGUGCCAUCGGCUACCCAUUGUAUGGAGCUGGUUUGUAUACGAACAAUGUCCACCCUACGACCUGGUUCCUGCUUUUCGGCAGCGCACUUUGUGGAAUAUCCGCGGGAUUCUUCUGGGCUGCUGAAGCGGCUAUUAUUAUCGGGUAUCCGAGUCCACACGAGAGAGCUUUCUACCUGGCUAUUUGGCAAACCGCAAAAGCAUCAGGUCCAAUUGUUGGAGGUGCGAUCAAUCUUGUCCUGAAUGCGAAUCGAUCAACGGCUGGAUCUGUGGGAAGCGCUACCUACAUCGUAUUCAUCGUCAUCAUGUGUCUCGGUCUUCCCAUUGCUCUCUUCCUGAGCCCCCCAUCCAAGGUCUGGCGAAAGGAUGGCUCCAAAGUCAUCAUCCACAAGCAGCCGAAUUGGUCCUCUGAGUUCAAAGCUGUGUGGGCUCAACUCACCUUUCGUCGUAUCCUGUUAUUACUGCCAGCGUUCUUCAUCAGCUAUUUCUACAACGGAUACAAUAGUACCUUCCUAACGGAUUACUUCACUGUUCGAUCAAGAGCAUUU